CAAUCUGCGCGACUCCGUUUCCGAAGUAGCUCUCGCAGUUAGACAAGAUCGGCCUCAAUUUCAAAGUCUGCUUACUUAAUGAUGUUUGUAGAUUUCUCAGAUUCUCCGUCAUGAGAUGAUAUAUACUUGUACUGAUGAAGUGCUAGCAACCUUACUGCUUACAGUAUGAUGAUCCGCAUAAGCACCGGUGUUCAUCGCUAUCUGUGUUACCAAUUCUCAAGUUUCGCUGGCUAUGGUGGGCUAGUUCCGGGAUCUGAAAGCCCUAGGUUUUCUAAAAGUCUCGUCUCUGGAAACAGGAACGCAAUCCCGAUUCCUCACAGGAGUAAUCCUGAACCUAAAGGCCAAGAUCUUGAUUUCGUCAAUGUCGCUCACAGCCACCUGAUUCAAUCUGAUUGGGAUCAGCUUGAUAAGCUAUCCAAACAUUUGGAUUCGUUUAGGGUCAAGAACAUACUACUGAGAAUCCAGAAAGACUAUCUUCUCUCCCUUGAGUUCUUCAACUGGGCGAAAACCCGAAACCCAGGCUCCCACUCUCUUGAAACCCAUGCCAUUGUUCUUCACACUCUCACCAAAAACCGGAAAUUCAAAUCCGCAGAGUCCAUUCUAAGAGACAUCCUCGUAACUGGCGGCUUGGAUUUGCCUGCCAAGCUGUUUGAUGCCUUGUUGUAUUCGUACAGGGAAUGUGACUCUACGCCUCGAGUGUUUGAUUCGCUGUUCAAGACUUUUGCUCAUCUGAAGAAAUUCAGAAAUGCCACAGACGCUUUUACGCAGAUGAAGGAUUACGGGUUUCUUCCAAAUGUCGAGUCUUGCAAUGCUUACAUGAGCUCACUGCUUGGUCAAGGGAGGGUGGAUAUUGCUCUUGGGUUUUACAGAGAAAUGAGGAGAUGUAAGAUAUCCCCAAACACGUACACUCUCAACAUGGUUAUCUCGUGUUAUUGCAGAUCAGGGAAACUUGACAAGGGCGUUGAGUUGCUGCAAGACAUGGAAAGAUUGGGUUUUCAGGCCACGGAAGUGUCGUAUAAUACAUUGAUAGCCGGGCACUGCGAGAAGGGUCUUUUGAGCUCGGCUUGGAGGCUUAAGAACAUGAUGGGGAAGAACGGCUUGCAGCCUAAUGUGGUUACUUUCAACACUCUCAUUCACGGGUUUUGCAGAAGUGUGAAGUUACAAGAAGCUAGUAAGGUUUUCGGUGAGAUGAAAGCGGUAAAGGUGGCUCCCAACACUGUCACGUAUAACACUUUGAUUAAUGGGUACAGCCAACAGGGUGAUCACGAGAUGGCCUACCGGUUUUAUGAAGAUAUGGUCUUCAACGGGAUUAAGCGUGACAUUUUGACGUACAACGCGUUGAUCUUGGGACUGUGCAAACAAGCUAAGACGAAGAAAGCUGCACACUUUGUUAAAGAACUCGACAAAGAGAAUUUGGUGCCAAACUCUUCCACCUUCUCUGCGUUAAUAAUGGGACAGUGCGUGAGGAGAAACGCAGACCGUGGUUUUGAACUGUACAGGAGCAUGAUUAGGAGUGGUUGCCAUCCGAAUGAACAAACAUUUAAUAUGUUGGUUUCUGCCUUCUGUAAGAAUGACGAUUUUGAUGGAGCAGCUCAAGUGUUGAGGGAAAUGGUCAGAAGAUCAAUCCCGCUUGAUUCAAGGACUGUUCAUCAGGUCUGCAAUGGACUAAAGCAUCAAGGGAAAGACCAACUUGCGACAGAGUUGUUACAGGAGAUGGAAGCAAAAAGCAUUCUACAAGAGCCUUUAGGUAUCUGAGAAGUAACAAGUUAUUAACCAAAAAUUCCAAUUUCUUUUCGUUUAAUGGAAGAAGAAAUUGGUUAC